UUGUGGGGCCCUGGGCACCUCCAUGCUGGUGGUCCCAAAGCCUCUUUUGCUUGUGCUGUUCCCCCUUUUGCCUGGGAAGACUUCAAUGUGCAGAGAGUGGGGGUCAAGGCACCCACUCCAGAGGCAGAAGAAAACAGACUGGCACUUCCAGGACUAGCUGGGUGUUCAGAAAGCGAGACGACUGCCCAGGAGAGACCAAGCCCAUUUCUCACUCUGUCCUGAAACACGACGGUACUGGGAUGCUCCCUGGGGAGGCACAGGGUGCGUCUCAAUCCCUGCAGGUGGAACAGGAAUAGAUUUUGUCCCCUCUCUCCUGCAGAAGAGCAUGAAAUGCUUUGGGGUGCGAGGUAUCCUGAAGGUACAGUUUUUGGGGUGCCCUCAGUCCAGGGGUAGCCUGGCCAGGUCUCUAGUGCUGCUGCAGGUUGUUGCCAGCCACCGCCAAUAUCCCUGAGUGGGGGCAGAAGUUCCCAGGUUAGCUCCUGCUUGUCUUGUCCCCGGUUUCUUCCUUCUUCUUGGGGUGUCCAUCUCACACCCCACAGACAGGAGCCUGGGCCUUGCCUCCCCGGCUGUUAUGCCAUCCCCUUCUCAUUCCACCGUUGCCAGGGCCACCAAGUGAGACGGAGGUGCUGAGUCCUGGGGCAGACAUGUUGAGGUUGCCCUGCCUGGUGGGGCUGCUGACCUUGCUGGUGUCCUCUGUGGCUCCGACGCAGCCUCCCACGCCGGGCAGCCCCAUGUCAGACAGCGAGUACCAGCGCUUCUUUGCCAUCCUGUGGCCUCCCUGGAAGGCGGUCUCGUUCUGCCGGCUGCGCCAGGCACGUGGCUGCCGCAGCCCUGCCAUCCUGCGGCUGGACCAGCAGGAGAACCAUGGCCUCGUCCCCAGAGGGCCGGUCUGCUCUGACUUCCCAGAGGCGCCGUGGUUUCAGACCUUCUGCCACUUCACCCAGUACCGCUGCUUUAAACAACAGUUCUAUAUCAAGCGAAUCCCAUGUCCGAGUUUGGCUCUUCCGAAAAACCCUCUCCUCUUGACGGAGCAACCCCACACGGUGGGGUCCUGGUCAAUGGGUGAAAGCUCCCCUACGGAAGAAGCUCUGGGGCAGGAUUCUCUCUUGUCCGCUGAUGCCCUGCUGAAUGCCAAUGUGGACGCUCUCCUCAAGUACUCCUAUGCACUGUCAAGACAGAACCCAGUGUCGAGGAAGCCCCGCAUGGCCAUGCCAGGGAUGCCGAGACCCCUGCGGGACAGGAGGCUGCCUAUGCCUCCACCAGCCCUGCCAGUCCUGCCUGCCCCUGCCCCUCUGCCUCCCAGGCUGGGAUCCCCUCCACUGACACAGCAAGCCUGGGAUAAACACCUGCAGAACAGCGCCUGGCAGCUGAUCCACCUGGCCCUCUCCUUGGAAACGUCCCUGGGCACCGAAGGCUCUUCUCCAGACUCCGCCAUCAAGUCAGAUCCAGGGAGCACGUCAGGCUACACCAAAGAAGGGGUGCGGAAAACGCCCCCCCAUGGCAGCCUUUUAGCCCUGAAGAAGAAGGAGGCAGUGACAAUCCUGUGCUAUGCAAUGCUGGAGGGAAACUGUCUCUCGUCAGUGGUCACCCAGGCCUGGAAGGAAGUGGAAGAAAGAAUCCUUGGGUUUGGAGAUUCGGUGUGUGACAGCCUCGGACGGCAUCACAUGGACCUCUGCCCUGCCUGUGCUUUCUGCUCACUGAAGAGGGAGCAGUGUCAGAACAUCAAAAUCCUGAACCGUGUUCACUGCAAGACAGGCGGCUUCAUCCCCUACAUCAACCCUCAGAUCUCAGCCCAGUACCACGCUGCAGACAAGACCAGCUCUCCAGAGACCUCAGAGUACUAUGGCAUGGAGGUUUUCAGAGGGCUGAGGGUAGAGUACUGGUGCAGCCGGAUAGCCACCCACAGCUGUGAGGACCCUCGUGUGACCCUGUGGCUGAAGGCAGAGUACACUGCCUUCCAAGACGGAGAUGCCCCAAGCCAGAUCUGUGACUCGGACGGAAUUCAGCACCCCAGCUACUGUGUGUUCAAGAGCCACCAAUGCCUCCAGCUGAGUCUCUACAACCAGAGGGUGUCUCGCCUCAGCUGCCACAAAAACAAGACGUACCGGGUGCUGAGUGAGAAGGAGGGAGAGGAGGAGGUGCGGCUGUGGCGCCAGAGAUACCUUAGCCUCACCAAGGGGUGACGCACAGUAGUGGGGAGAUGUGCAGGAAGCUCAGGGCUCCGGAGCAGGUUCCCUGGGGCUGUGGUGGGGCAGAGAGCCUGGAUAGACUUGGACAGCUCUUCCCAAACCCUUGCUGGCCAGCCAGCUCAUCAUGGCCACAUCUCACCUUUUGAGUACCUGUGUUGUGCGUGCGGCAGUGGCACACCAUGAGGGGAUCCUCACUCUACAGCAUUUCACUGUAGCACCUGCUAGUACUACUCCUGAAAACAUUUUCUCCAGCCAAAGGAGCGCUGAGCAUCAGAGAAGGCAUCAGCCCUGGGAACCUGGAUUUAGAGCCUUUGGCCCAAGCGUCCUUGUCUGAAAUCCCCAGCGAUCUCUUGCCUCCCUGCCCCUGCAGGCCUAUACCAGCUGACAGAUCUCCCAAGGAUGAGUCUUAUUGUAUAAAGAACCCAUUUAUUCCACAAACCUAAUUUGCUGCCUUCUCUCUGAUGCUGCUGCUCUAUUACACUUCUCAGUGACCCCUCUCAUGUGGGUGGGUCCCCACUCCCCCCUGUUCCUCUCACUGGUGAUUCUCACCC